GCGGUUAACGAGACAUCAACACAAUUCACAUCGGUUGUCCCCAGUUCUCCUACCACUCCUGAGGGUGACACCACACCAGCGGUUAACGAGACAUCAACACAAUUCACAUCGGUUGUCCCCAGUUCUCCUACCACUCCUACGGUUGAAACCACACCAGCGGUUAACGAGACAUCAACACAAUUCACAUCGGUUGUCCCCAGUUCUCCUACCACUCCUGAGGGUGACACCAGUUCUUCUGUUUCCGGAAGCCCGCCUUCUUCUCCUCCGACUCCAGAACCAGACACUACAACAUCGAGUACAGAAUCUGCCUCCACAACUUCCAGUCCUCCUGGUCCUACUAGUCCGCCCACUUCUUCUCCUACCGAGUCUCCGUCCAGUGGUCUUUCAGGCGGAGCAAUCGCUGGAAUUGUCAUUGGUGUUAUCCUAUUCCUCCUCCUGAUCAUUGGUCUUGUUUUCCUUAUCAAAGCUUUAAAGGUUCCAAGUAUUCAAUUUGAUUCCGAUGACGAUGACGUUGUUUCAUUCUUUUAG